CUUUCCUCUUCGUUUAUCCUCUCUCUCCUCCCCUAAGAACAUUAUAUCCCUCCACGCCUCUCUGAUACUCCUGCCUCCUUCCUCUCCCACCUCUUCAAUAUCUCUCCUAAAUUCAGAGGACGGCAGGAUGGAGGGCAGGAUGUGCAUGUGGAGCUUAUGCACCAUUGUCAUCGUUGCACUGGGAUGGACCAAGGCCCAAAGUCAGACCAACUUCACCAGACCUGUGUUCCACUGUGGAGGACACUUGGUCACAGACUCGGGCAUUGUGGCCAGUGAAGGCUUCCCCGGUCACUACAAACCCAACAGUAAAUGCACCUGGUACAUCACUGUCCCAGAGGGUCACGUGGUCAUGCUGUCUUUCCGUCUCUUCGACUUGGAAGCUGACUCCACGUGUCGCUAUGACUACCUAGACAUCUACAACGGGCACUCCCGCUUGGUGCAGAAGCUGGGUCGCUUCUGCGGAACGUUCCGGCCCGGCGCGCUCAUCUCCACGUCCAAUACCAUGAUGUUGGAGAUGGUGUCAGACGAGGCCACCGGAGGGAGGGGCUUCCUGGCCUAUUUCAACGCAGGAAAGCCACAUGUGGAGGUAGAUAACCACUUCUGUGGAGGAAGACUGACCAAACCCCAGGGUUCUGUCAGGACACCCAACUGGCCCAACUCUGAUUACCCAGCAGGCAUCAGCUGUUCCUGGCACAUCUCCGUAGAACCCAGCAAUGUGAUCGAGGUUAAGUUCGAGAAGUUGGAUCUGGAGCCUGACAUGUACUGUCGCUACGACUAUGUGGCGCUGUUCAACGGCGGGGAGAGGGACAACUCUCGGCGGAUUGGGAAAUUCUGCGGCGACAGGCCGCCAGGAACGAUUGUGACAAAUGGGAAUGAGCUCCUGGUCCAGUUUGUUUCUGAUCUUAGCGUGACCUCAGAUGGAUUCAUGGCCCACUAUUCCAGCGUUCCCCGCAGUUCCCGGACACCCACCGCCGGAGGUGACUUCAUCUUCGGACCUCAGGUCAACCCCACGAUGAGAAAACCGACUGUGAUGCCAAGUAAGCCCACAAAAGCAACCCCUAGCCCCAGACCUACCCCAAAACCAGCGGUGAAGAUACCAAAGAAAGCACCGCCACGCAAACCACCCGUCAAACCUGCCAAACCCACCCGGAAACCACCUGUGAAAAAGGUCUCCCCUAAACCAGGAGCUAAACCAACACCCAAACCCAAGAUUAAGCCUACGAUUAAACCAAGCAUGAAGACCAAACCCACACGUAAGCCGGCACCAAAAACCAAACCCUCCGGUAAACCAGGUGUCAAACCAGUAAAGCCUACCUCAAAGACUCGAGUAAAACCAGCAACUAAGCCGAAAAUGAAGUCUAAAGUAGUGACCCCAAAACCGGGAUUAAGCAAGACGCUGCCAAAGAAGCCCGCUGUGAGCAAAAAACCUUUACCGCUGAACCCACUGUGUACACAAAACUGUACAAGGACGGGAACUCUGCAGACCAACUUCUGCCCUCACGACUUCGUGAUUACCGGAAAGGUUACAUCGGUGACCUCUGGUCCGAGGGGCUCCACCACAGUUGAGGUGUCCCUCAUUAAGGUCUAUAAGCCGGGACGCCUGAAAACUACCAAAUCAGGACCCGCCUCGUCAGUCACACUGAUGUCCACCUGUAGGAGAUGCCCCGGUUUAACAAAAGGACUGAACUACGUGUUGAUGGGAUCGGCUGACUCCCAUGGCAACGGCCUCCUCACCCCGUCUAGCUUCAGUCUCCUCUACAGGCCUAUCCACGCCGGGGCACUGGCCAAACUCUCUCGCCAACCAUGCUGACAUCACAGCUGAAACGGGCACAGUAGCUACGCCACCCA